AUGGAAGGAUUAUAGUUAAAUUAAAUAACAAACAAGGUGCAUAAGCAAAUAGUAAUCUUUGUAAUUGGAACUACAGGAGUUGGGAAAUCUAAACUAGCUUUGGACCUUGCUUAAAAAUUAAAUGGUGAGAUAGUAAAUGCUGAUUCUAUGUAAAUAUAUGAUGGUAAUGAAGGUAUAAUGACAGCCAAACCUACCCCUGAGGAAAAAUUAAUAGUCAAGCAUCACAUGUUUGAUGUUGUCAACAUUUAUACCCAGGAUUUCAAUGUCAAUAAGUACAGAGAUAUGGCUUUAGAGUGCAUAAGAGAUAUUCAAGCAAGAGGAAAGAUUCCAAUCGUAGUUGGUGGUACCAAUUACUACAUAGAAAGUUUAGUCUAUGAGAGAGAGGUAGAAGAAUUUAUUUAUGAUUAAAAUCAAUUCGAUACCUGUUUUGAGAAUGAAAAAGCAACAAAAGAAGAAAGAUUCCAUUAAUUAUUAGAAUCAUUAAAAACUUGUAUACCCUCUGAUUAAAAGCAGGUAAUUGAGGAUUAAUAUGAAUCUGAGUUGAUACAUGAUCUAUUGAAACAAGUUGACCCAAGAAUGGCAGAGUUUCUACAUACUAAAGACAAGCGAAGAGUCAUUAAUGCUCUCUUCAAAUAUUAUAAAUUCCUGCCUUAAAAAAUAGGCUCAUUAUCAACUGCCAGCACUAGCAAUACUAAAUUAAGAUUUAUCCCAUUAUUUAUUUGGAUGUCUGCUAGAUCUGAUAUAUUGGAAUAGAGAAUUAGGAAAAGAAUAAACUAGAUGAUUGAUCAAAUGGGAGGUUUAAAUGAAAUAUUUUCGCUCUUUGACUAAUUUCAUAAAAUUAUGACUGAUUUGAAUUUUGAGAAGGGAAUCCUCCAGGCUAUUGGCUACAAGGAAUUCUAUCCAUUCUAUAAAUAUCUCAAAACUUUGAAGGAGUCUAAAGAAAUCUCAGAGUUGAUUAAAGAAAUUUCAAAUCUAGAUGAAAUAGAUUUGAAAGAAUUAGAAAGUAAUAAAUCUUAGUUGGCCUUAAGGACCAUACAAUAUACUGUUUAUUAAAUUAAGUGGCUUAAUAAAAGAAUCAUGAAUGAUUUUGGCUGCCACUUGGAGGAAGAUAGGAAUAUGAUUUUAAAGAUAUAGCUAGAUGAUCCGAAGGAUUAUGAAGAAAUAGCUCUUGAAUCAGCACUUAAGUUUAUAGAUAGUAAAUUUAAUUGGGUACAGGGAUUAUCUGAGGAAAAUAUUACUUUAUUCCUGAAAUCAUAUUGCUUAGAAUAGAUAAAGACAAAGAAUGAAAAAUUAGAAAAUUGGAGUAAGACUUUUUGUGAAAAGUGUAAUUAAGAGCUUAAUGGUUCAUAUCAAUGGCAAGAGCAUAUCAAAACGAGGAAACAUAAAAAUAGAGCAAAAUCUAAAUAGGCAGAUGGUGAUGAAAAUAAGCAGAAAGCUAAGAAAUAGAAAAACAAUAUAGAUAUAGAGUAGAUUGAAGAUGGUACCUUUGAUAAUUUAUUUUGA